AUGUCUGCCCCCACGAAAUACAUGCUGGUAUCUCUGCCAACAUCUAUCUCUCCCUCUGGCGAUAAAGAUGAGGCUUUAACAGCUUUGCGGUCUACAAUUUCUACGGAUAAUGGAACCACUAUACCAUUCAAGAUCCCUGAAUUUAAAAUCGGUACACUGGAUGCAUUGGUUGGGCAAGCAGAUGAUCUUGCAAAGUUGGAAAGCGCUUGUCAAGGUGUUGUAGCAAAAGUUGGGGAAUCUCUUCGCAAUUUAUUGGAAGGGGAUGAGAGCAAGAUUGCACAACAAAAAACUGUCAAUGAUAAACCAGCGGACCAAUACCUACGUACUUUCUCUUGGAACAAAGUCAAAUACCGUGCCGACAAACCACUGGCAGAGCUGAUCGAUUCAUUACAAAAGGAACUUGUUAGUAUCGAUAAUGAUGUUAAGGGUAAAAUGACCCAAUACAACCAAGUCAAGACAAAUCUUACAACAUUACAGCGGAAACAAACUGGAAAUCUCUCUACCAAAUCCCUUACUCCAGUCGUCGAUCCCAAAUUACUAGUACAGGAUUCCGAAUACCUAGAAACUCACCUCGUCGUUGUUCCAACCAAUGUCAAAAAGGAUUUCCUCAAGACUUAUGAAACCAUAUCUCCUAUGGUUGUCCCAAGAUCCUCGGUGGAGGUUACCCACGAUGAUGAAUUCACAUUAUUUGCAGUUACAACAUUUAAAAAGCACAGCGCAGAAUUUCAACACAAAUGCAGAGAAAAUAAAUGGACUCCCCGCGAUUACAAGUAUGUAGAGGGUGGGCAGGAGCAGGAGAAGAAGGAGGCUGAGCGAGUAGAAAAGGAUGAGCGCAAGGUAUGGGGUGAAGCUUUAAGGCUUAGUAGAACUGGUUGGAGUGAAGCUGUUAUGAUAUGGAUACACGUCUUAACUUUGAGAGUAUUUGUUGAGACGGUCUUGAGAUAUGGAUUACCUCUGGAUUUUGUCUGUGGUUUGGUCAAGGAGCAAAGAAAGCGAAAACAGCCCUCGAUUCAGCAUAUGGUUACCUCGGAGGUAAUGCUUUUGGUCGAGACAAGAAAGGAAAGGCUCUAA